AUGAGGGCGGACGGAAUUACUAUACCGGAAAACAUUAGUGUACUAAUAUCAAUUUGGGGUCUGCAUAGAAAUAAAAAGUAUUGGGGUCCCGAUGCGGACUGCUUCGACCCCGACCGCUUCCUGCCCGAACGCUACACUCAGGUUCCAUCUGGGUGCUAUAUACCAUUCAUUGCUGGCCCUAGGAAUUGUCCGGGUUAUUCAUACGCCAUGAUGUCGAUGAAGAUAACUUUGUGCGUAUUACUCAAAAACUUCAGAGUCCUACCAGAUCCAGAGGACGGACCUAUCCCACAUAUAAGAGUCAAGUUUGAUAUAACAAUGUCGGUACUUGACGAUAAAGUGGCGCUAGAGAAAAGAUAA